GUUUUAUCACUCAAAUCCGGGCUUCUCUUUAGUUUACUCCGGCCGGCAAAUCCCAUCGUGCACUGCAAAGGUACCGCCGGCACUCGAACCAGAGCCACCGUGCUGCGCUGCGUAGCGGAGGAGACCGGAAGGGGCUGCGCCCGCGGCGAGAUGGGGACGGAGGGUUCGUCGGCGGCGGCGAGGCAGGCCAAGGAGUCGCUGGAGCUGGCGUUCCAGAUGUCCCAGAUCCUGGACACGGGGCUCGACCGCCACACCCUGUCGCUGCUCAUGGCGCUCUGCGACCGCGGCGCCAACCCGGAGGCCCUCGCCGCCCUCGUCCGCGAGGUCUCCUCCGCCGCUCCCCCGACGACCGCCGCCGCCGCCGCCGCCGCCCCCGCGCCCGCCACGCCCGCCGCCUCGAUGUUUCCUUCCGGCUUCCGCCAGCCCUAGCUAGGGUUUGUGAUUUGUGACCCCCAAUUCUUCCCGACCGCUUGAUCAUCACCAUUGUAUGCGUGAACUUAGGCCUUCUGUUCUGUAGGAUGAAAUUGGUUUGUGAUUUGUGUUCUCAAGAGUGGUAAUGCUGGGAGUUUGUGUCAAGCUAUGUUACAUUCUAGCACAUGGAUUCAGUUCGUUGAAUUAUCCAUAUGCUUAUGACAUCAAUACGUAUGGUUAGAGAGACGAAUUGGCUAUAAGAUUCUGAACACUAUCUCUCUUUCUCUG